CGUCACUUCUGGCGCGUCUCACACCCUGCGCCUCCCUCCCGCGGCCAGCCCCGGUCCCGAGCGUCUUUGGUGGCGUCAUCUGCGGGCGACGGCGGAGCGGCGGCGGCCUGGUGCGCGCGGCAGCCAGCCUCUGAAUCCCAUCAUGGAUACUCUCUCUCAGCCCGGGUUCCUCAGUGUCAUUGCGGGGGUUGCCUGCGGUGUGUGCCUGGGAUGGGGCAUUCGAGGGAGAUUCCUCCGGCAGCCCUUGGUGGGGGCGAGUGCGCCCGCCAGCAGCCUGGGGAGCGAAGCCAUGGGCGAGGCCGGGGAGUUCAAGAUGGUGCUGAUCGUCCGUAACGAUCUGAAGAUGGGAAAGGGUAAAGUAGCAGCACAGUGUUCCCAUGCUGCUGUUUCUGCCUACAAGCAAGCUCAAAGAAGAAACCCCGAGCUCCUGAAACAGUGGGAAUACUGUGGACAACCAAAAGUGGUCCUCAAAGCUCCAGAUGAGGAGACACUGAUCCAACUGCUAGCUGAUGCGAAACACCUCGGGCUGACUGUGAGCUUAAUCCAAGAUGCAGGUCGUACUCAGAUAGCUCCAGGCUCCCAGACAGUCCUUGGGAUUGGACCGGGACCAGCUGAUGUGGUAGAUAAAGUUUCUGGUCACCUAAAACUCUUCUAAACUGGGGACCAAAGAAAUCUGAAUGCAUGGGUGGGUGGUGGUACUGAAGGGAUAAAAUCUAGGUUUAUGGAUUUCCCCCUUCCCCGUGUUCUCUCACUAUAAAUAAAAUAACCAGGUUUUGUAAGAGAUUCACAUUUGCAAACCA